AUGGGGUGCCAUGAGGAAUGGCCUGAAGACACUUACCCUCCUUGGGCACAUGGUCCGGGUUAUGUUGUGUCAAGUGACAUAGCAAAGGCAAUCUACAAGCAACUCAAUAAUGGCCGCCUAAAGAUGUUUAAGCUAGAAGAUGUUGCCAUGGGCAUCUGGAUUGCAGACAUGAAGAAGAAAGGUUUAGUAGUUAGGUAUGAGAAAGAAGAGAGGAUCUUUCAUGAGGGGUGCAAAAAUGGCUAUGUUGUUGCCCACUACCAAGCUCCCAAAGAGAUGCUUUGUCUAUGGCAGAAGCUUCAAGAAGAACAUCGUGCUACAUGCUGUGGCGAUUAA